AUGAGCGUAAGGAGGGAAAUUGGUGACGAGAGUUACUUCUCCAUUAUCUACAGUGUGGUGUCCUCGCAAUUCGAAGGUGCCGCGUCGGAGCGGCAAUUGUUGGAGGAGCAGCAGCGGCAGCAGCAUCUUCUCCACAUCCCACCAACGUGUGAUGGCGCCACAAAUGAUGAUGACGAUGAGGAGGAGGAGAAGCAAGGGAUGGAGGUGCUCACCUUCCCUCUGGGUGGUGGUGGAGUGCGAGACAACGCCGAAGAGGUGGGAUCGGGGAUGGGCUAG